CGCGCGCGCAUCUCGAUGGGCUCCGAAGGCACCUACGACGACGCCGGCGCCGCCGCGAUUGACCUGCUCCGCACGGCGGCGCCCGUCCGGCCGGACGCCGACCACCUACUCACCAGCCGCACGGGGCUCGUCAUCGUCGACGUCGUCAACGGCUUCUGCACCGUCGGCGCCGGGAACCUCGCCCCUGUUACUCCAAACAAGCAGAUAGAGAAGAUGGUGGAGGAGGCCGGGAGGCUCGCCAAGGUGUUCUGCGAUAGGAACUGGCCCGUCUUCGCGUUCCUCGAUACCCACUACCCGGAUAAGCCCGAGCCGCCUUUCCCGCCGCACUGUAUCAUCGGCUCCGGCGAGGAAAAUUUUGUUCCAGCUCUGGAGUGGUUGGAAAACGAUCCCAAUGUGACCAUCAGGAGGAAGGACUGCAUUGACGGUUAUCUUGCCUCAUUUGAGAAGGACGGGUCCAAUGUUUUCGGCGAUUGGGUCGCCAAGUUUCAGAUCCAAACUGUUUUAGUUGUAGGGAUAUGCACAGACUACUGCGUUUUGGACUUUGCAAGCUCGACUUUGGCUGCCAGAAAUAUUGGCAGAGUGCCACCGUUGCAAGAUGUUGUGAUCUACUCUGAGGGAUGUGCUACUUUUGACCUCCCUGUUGAAGUAGCCAUCAAUAUCAAAGGAGCUUUAGCUCAUCCACAGGAUCUUAUGCAUCACAUGGGACUUUACAUGGCCAAAUCAAGGGGUGCGAAGAUAGUUGACAGAAUUAUUCUUGAAUAGUAAAGACUGGAUCAAUUCAUCUAGUCUGACUAUACUGUUGUCCUUCAGUCCUUACGUUUAUCCGUCUGGUGUGCAAUAAAAAGUAUGUGGACUUCCUGUUUAUUGACAGGUUGUGUGUAAUUAUCCAGUGGCUAAGAUUAACCAGCAUUUACCAUCCGGUGUGUAGAAUAGACAUCAUUUCCCCCUGUUUUUGGUGUCGCGUAGUUUGUAUCUUUUGAGUGCCAAGAUUGUGCAUCCUGAAAGAUGUAUCGGUGAACUGCACUCUUGGAUAGGAGAAGACCUGGCGCAGGAAGACAAUAUCAGUCACCACCCACCAGUGCUGAAGAAACUGUCGAUAUGGAGGAUCAUCAGCUGGGCGCACAAGCAUAGAAACAUAUCAAUGUUAGUGUCCUGUAACCUGAUCUGAACAAAAGUUGUUAUUAGUGUCUUCCGUUUUGCCAUGUAUAUAAAGUGUUCAGUUUAAUAAGCAAUUUGUUCAGCCA